AUGUCAGUUGUCCCCAGUGCCCUUUCCGCUGAUAAUCCUGUUACGGAGGGCGAUGUUCACGAUGCCGUAGCCAAGCUUGGGUUUCGUGUUCGUGAUGAUGAGGUAGAUGCAUUUCGCACCCUCCUAGCUGCCGCGCAUGAUACAUUUGAAGAACUAUCGAAACUCGAAGAAUAUCACCCUCCGAGCCAUCCUGAACGCUCACCUUGCGAAAAUGUGAGGCCUGGAACAGUCGAUAAUGAUUUGGGCUCUCCAUGGGCGUAUCGCUUCAAGCUGGGUCCGUUAACAUCUACCACUACUCCGUCUUCAACAGGGACCAAAUGCGGCAGCCUUUUGGCAGGGAAGACUAUUGUUUUGAAGGAUAAUAUUUGCGUAGCCGGGAUUCCUCAAUCCAAUGGCACAAACGCAACGCCUUCCUGGAUUCCACAGAUGGAUGCAACAGUGGUGACCAGGAUCCUAGGAGCUGGAGGUCGUAUCGUGGGUACGGCAACAUGCGAAGCUCUCAGUUGUGCAACAGUUAGUAACACAGCUGCUGUUGGGCCGAUAUUCAAUCCGUGGGCAAAAGGAUACUCUGCUGGCGGCUCUUCAUCAGGGGUUGCCGCCCUUGUGGGCAGCCAAAAAUCAUUCGACGACAACGGCAUGCCAGUGAAGGUUGAUAUGGGCCUGGGUGCCGAUCAAAGGGGAUCCAUUAGAGUUCCAGCAGCCUUUUGCGGCCUGGUGGGCUUGAAGGCCACAUUUGGCCUUAUCCCAUACACCGGUGUAAUCAGCUGUGAGCCAGUUCUGGACCACGUUGGACCAAUGUGCACCAGUGUUUGGGAUACAGCACUUCUUCUUGAGGCCAUAGCCGGUAAAGAUGGAUUUGAUGAUCGUCAGAUGAAUGCGCAUGAACUGGGUGAGAUAAAAUAUUCCUCUAAUCUCCGAGAAUGGUAUAGGAAGGUGGUGAAUCCGCCUGGAUCAAAGCCACUCGCAGGUAUGCGGCUCGCCGUUAUCACUGAGGCUAUUGAUGCCCCUUUUGUGGAUGAGACUAUUAAAAGGGAAGUGGCCGACGUUUCGAAACAACUAGAAAGUCUUGGGGCGUCUGUAACGGAGGUAUCGAUUCCAUGUCAUAUAACUGCGAGAAGUCUGUGGAUGGGGGUGUGUCGACAAUCACUGACAAGUGUUGCACUUGGAAACCCUCAUGGUCGGCGUUGCUAUUACCCUCCUGGAUUUCAAGCCACGAUCAUCCCAUGGACUCAAGAUAAAUGGGACAACCUACCACCUGGGAUGAGAAACGAAUUCAUCAAUGGCGUAUACGAAAGAGAGAAAUAUCCCAACUUGUACCAGAAAUGUAUGAACUUGACGUUGAAAGUUACCCAAGAGUACGAGAAAGUAUUCAAAGAUGUCGAUGCUCUAGUGUUACCAAGUGUCCCUUGGACAGCACCAAAGCUUUUCGAUCGAGAGACUGCAACCUCGAUGGAUCAGAUUUCAUCAACUUUCGGACAAACGCUGAAUACGAUGCAGUUCAACUUAACCGGCCACCCUGCAAUGUCCAUUCCGACUGGCCUGGCAAAAGAUAAGACUAAGUCAAGUGACCACUUGCUACCGCUCUCUGUACAACUGGUAGCUCGUCUUCACGGGGAGGAAACAUUGCUCAGGAUCGGCUACGCAUAUGAGAAGGCAUUUGAUUGGAAAAGUAGAUUCUGUGAAUAG